AUGAUUCAUCUUUUUGAAGAUAGCAGUAGUGAUUCUGAAGAAAAGACAUUUUAAUUUGAAAAUAAACCAAUAUUAAGUAUGAUAGAAUAAUAAAUUAGAUAAUUUAGGUGCGUAAAAUAUUAAAGUGAAAGAUGUGAAUUAAUAUUAUGAAUUAUUUGAUGCAACUAAGAAAACAACAAAUGAAGCAAAAUUAUUGUAAAAACUAAAAGAAUUAUGUUUAAAUUAAAAAGAGAAAGUUUGGUGUAAUGAGAGUGAAUUUAUAGAAUAGUCAUCAUCUUCAAAUGAUGAAGACUUCAAAAAUAAAAUAUGGAAUAAAAAAAAGUCUUAAAAAACAGAGCGUUAUUUUGAUUUUAAAUUUUAUUAAUAUUGUUGGAAUUGCAGAUAGUAUGGUCAUGAAUUAAAAAUGUGUGAAUAUCAAAAAUAGCCUUAUUGUAUAAUAUGUUUGAGUUUAAAUCAUUAUUUUUAUGAUUGUACAUUAAAUUUAGAAAAAGGGAAUUUAAAUUUUGAAAUUGAUGUUGAUAUUUAAUUUUCUGAAGCAAAGUGUUUAAAUUGUUUGAAAAUAGGUCAUAUAAAUUGUAGGUUUAAUAAUAUAAAACAAUAAUUUUAUUGA